UUAGUCUGUUGCCGGCGCUUUAACCGCAAAGUAAGCGCAGAAGCGUGAAGUUGGCCCCUGGCAAAACUAAUAUCCCAUUUUUUGAGCUGCUUGCUGUUCUGAUGCGCCGCGUGUUAUCUCACAUUUAAGUGCACAAAAUUCAAAUCGAAAACGAAUAAACAUAUAAAGGAUAACGAACUGAACGAAACGUUUCGUUUCGACUAAAAACUUUUGUGUGUGUGUGUGUUUUCUAAAAUUGUGCCGUGUGCAGUGUCGUGCCACAAUAAAGAAUAAUUUAGCAAAUUCCAAAAAUCAACAGUUGGCAAAAUGUCGGUCAGACUGAACGAGACACAAACCAUUGUUGAUCGCAUGGUCAACUUUUUUGUGGAGCAUGAGGAUCUGCGGACAAAGAGCUGGUUCCUCUCGAAUGCACCCGGACCACUGUUUAUGAUAUUGGGCGCCUAUUUGUACUUCUGCCUCUAUGCCGGACCACGCUAUAUGCGCGAUCGCAAACCUUUCGAGCUAAAGAACACGCUGCUUGUCUACAAUGCCGUCCAGGUGCUGCUCAGUUGGGUGCUCUUCUACGAGGGCUACAAGGGAGGCUGGGGUGGACACUACAACUUCAAGUGCCAACCGGUGACUUAUGCCACGGAUCCCAUCUCCAUGAGGAUGGCGAGAGCGGUUUGGUUGUAUUACAUUGCCAAGAUCACUGAGCUGCUGGACACCGUGUUCUUUGUGCUGCGCAAAAAGGAUCGUCAGAUUUCGUUCUUGCAUCUGUACCAUCACACUCUGAUGCCGGUGUGCGCUUUCAUUGGCGUCAAGUACUUUGCUGGGGGACACGGCACUCUUUUGGGUUUCAUUAAUUCCUUUAUCCACAUCAUUAUGUAUGCUUACUAUCUGCUGUCGGCAAUGGGACCCAAAGUGCAGAAAUACUUGUGGUGGAAGAAGUACAUUACAAUUCUCCAGAUUGUGCAAUUCCUUAUCAUCUUUGUGCACACGCUGCAGAUUCAGUUCCAGCCCAACUGCAACUUCCCCAAAUCGAUUGCGGCGCUGUUGACCUUCAAUGCUGGUCUGUUCACCUACAUGUUCAGCUCCUUCUACGUGGCCAACUACAAGAAGGAGGCCAAGCAGGCAGCUCAGGCUAAGCAAGCGGCACAGGCAGCCAAGCUGGCAGCCAAACAGGAGUAAAACGGUUCAAGCCGAUAUUAGAUUGCCUUAAGAUCGGUUAACAUUGCGAAAGCAAAGUUAAAAACAGUCGUUAGUUAGGCUUAUCACCUGUAUACACGUCUACACACACACACACACACAGACAGACACAAACACAUACACAUAUACAAAAAC